AUGAGAGAUCCCACCACCGAAAUGGAACCAAGCUCGCAACAAACGACCAACGGGUCGACAGCCUCGCGUCGAAAUCCGAAUAAAUCUGUCCGCGUUGCGUUUGGUCCUGAUUUAGAAACUACGAUCCCCGCCCGCGAUAGAUCUCCAGCCCCGUUGGCUGGGCACCAUCGUUCUCUCACCACGGUUGAACACAGGCAGCCUACCCUCACACCACCAGCAAGACCAACAAGUUCCUCCGGGGAGAAUAUUGCAAUCGGAGAUGCUCCACCUCGCCGCCCCUCACCUCGGAGAUCUGAGAGCAGCCGACCGGCCAUGUUAAAAAGGGCCAAGAGCGACUAUGGCCCAAGCCGGAUAACUUUUGAUAAAGCAGCAGGCGAUGACGAUGAAGACUUCGCUAUGCGACAUGGGUGGCAGGAGGAAUAUACUUCCAGCGAAUAUCUCAAGAUCUUGCAUUCGAAUUUCUACAUGUACUUCACCGAAAAGCGUCAUGAAACAAACGGCAUUCCUCGAGAUCCGGUCGGCAGCUGGCCCAGUCAGGACUGGCGCAUGAAAGAUCGCCUCAAGACCGUCUCUGCGGCAUUGGCGAUCUGUCUGAAUAUCGGUGUCGACCCUCCUGACGUUGUCAAGACAAACCCAACGUCCAAGCUUGAAUGCUGGGUGGAUCCCACUUCGACCACGGGCGGUGGCCAAAACAAGAUAAUGGAGCAAAUCGGCAAGAAGCUGCAGGAGCAAUACGAGACUCUGAGUCUCCGGACUAGGUACAAGCAGUAUCUCGAUCCAUCAGUUGAUGAGACCAAGAAAUUCUGCAUCUCCCUUCGCCGAAAUGCCAAGGAUGAGCGAGUCCUCCUGCAUUACAAUGGACACGGAGUACCAUUGCCAACUCAAUCAGGCGAAAUCUGGGUCUUCAACAAGAAUUACACCCAGUACAUUCCAGUCCCACUGUAUGAUCUGCAAUCUUGGUUGGCCGGGCCUAGUCUUUUCGUCUUUGAUGUGUCACAUGCAGGCAACAUCGUUCAAAAUUUCCACACUUUUGUCGAGAAGCACGAGAAAGAGAAUGUCGAAGCCAAGAAAAGAGACCCGAAUGCCAUCGUUCAAAAUUAUGGUGAUUGUAUCAUACUCGCUGCUUGCCAGAAGGCAGAAUCUCUACCCACCAACCCGGAUCUCCCUGCCGACUUAUUCACCUGCUGCCUGACAACGCCGAUUGAAAUCGCGUUGCGAUUCUUCAUAUUGCAGAAUCCUCUCAGGACAGACAUAUCUAUUGACGAUUUUCGGGUACCCGGUCGGCUCCAAGAUCGCCGUAGUCCUUUGGGAGAAUUGAACUGGAUAUUCACUGCCAUCACUGAUACUAUCGCGUGGAACACCUUGCCACGGGCGUUGUUUAAGAAACUCUUUCGGCAGGAUCUGAUGGUAGCUGCUCUCUUCCGCAACUUCUUGCUCAGCGAGCGCAUCAUGCGCACGUACAAAUGCCAUCCAAUCUCUUCACCGGAACUCCCUGAAACACACCACCACCCACUAUGGAAAAGCUGGGAUCUUGCAGUCGAGAUGGUACUGUCCCAGCUCCCAGCUCUGAUUGAUCAGGAAGAAGGGCGUCGGCUGUAUGAAUACCAACAUUCAACAUUCUUCGCUGAGCAACUCACUGCCUUUGAAGUUUAUCUCUCGUCUGGCCCCACAGAAAGAAACCCUCCAGACCAGCUUCCCAUUGUCUUACAGGUUCUGUUGAGUCAAGCACAUCGGCUGCGGGCUUUAAUUCUAUUGAGCAAAUUUUUGGACCUUGGCCCUUGGGCCGUCCACCUUGCGCUUAGUAUUGGCAUUUUCCCUUAUGUUGUUAAGCUGCUGCAGUCAGCAGCCCAAGAACUGAAGCCCGUUAUGGUAUUCAUUUGGGCCAGAAUUAUGGCAGUCGACCACACGGUACAAAACGAUUUGCUCAAAGACAACGGAAUUCACUAUUUCAUUUCAAUCCUGAACCCUACUUCUCCUAUUCCUGUUGGAAAUGCCAGCGAACAUCGUGCCAUGUGUGCCUUUAUAGUCUCUAUAUUUUGCAAGAACUACCCGCAGGGCCAGAAUGUUUGCCUCUCUGGGGAGCUGUUUGACUCGUGUCUCAGGCAUCUCAGCGAUGUAGAAAACCCUUUACUUCGUCAAUGGUCAUGCCUUUGUCUCAGUAUGCUCUGGUGCGAUUUCCCCGAAGCAAAAUGGAUGGGCAUCCGAUGUGCGGCUCCUGCGAGACUGUGCGAGUUGAAUUUUGACCCUGUGCCUGAAGUUCGCGCCGCCAUGCUGCACGCUGUCACCACGUUCCUGGGAAUCCCUGAUCUGACCGAUCAAGUGGCACAAAUCGAGGAGACUUUAGCCCUGGCGGUCUUGCCGAUGUCUGCUGAUGGUAGUGUGGUCGUGAGGAAAGAGCUGCUUGUCUUUUUGUCGACAUUCGUCAGACGCCACCAGAAUAAGUUCCUGGUCGCGGCUUUCGAGGAACUCCAGGAAGAAAAACGGUCUCUGCAUCAACGCUUCGAGGGCGAGACCUCCCAGGCCGGAGGCUCUGGCUCCAACCAACCCCAGCUUUCCCGUAACACCACCUUCGGGGCCAUUUGGAAGCAGCUUUUAGCUCUUUCGGUUGACCCUCACCCUGAUAUCGCCCAGGAUGCCGCUGUGGUUGUCGAUUACAUCCAUUUGGCUUUGCUGGAGUCCCCCAUGGCAUUCAUAACCAACAAGCUUCAAAAAGAGAUUUUGAAAAUCACAGGCUUAUCCCAAGUCCAAUCUCAUGAGCGAAACGAAGCAAAGAAGACCGCUCCCCCUUCAACACCACCCACAUCUGCUGCUGCAACCUCAAGGCAAGAAGGUUAUCUUUCAAUGGGCUUCAAGCGAACCGCCAGCGUCGCUGCCUCUUUGAAAAACCUCGCCUUUGGUAACUCGGCGGCAGGAGACCCAUCAUCUGACUCCUCAAACCCCCCUUCACCUUCAACAAGCCGUAUGCCGAUCACCCCUCGCGGUCGAGCCCCUAUUGAAUGGACUCGACCCCCAGAGGUCAAUGAUCAUGUUGCGCCUGCGACAACAUACCACCAAGCUCCUGUUCCAACAUCCCGAGGUUUUGAGCCCAAGGGAUUCGACGUUGUGCCGGUCAUCCCUUUGAAGAGCAGAUUCCUUGACUGGUCUACUGAGUAUUUCCGGGAGCCCCAGAUGAAGCCCAACGAGCCGGAUGAGCCGGGUAGCUCGGACUACAACCAACGUCUUUGGAGACGCGGCCGCAAUGAAAGGAUCAUUGCCGAGACCCAACCCCUCAAGGCGAAGGCUGGAGCGAGCCGGUGGGAUAAUUCCGUUGCUCUACUGUCCAACAGUAGCCAGCCUCACAAGAUGUGCUUCCAUCAAUUUGAAGACCAUCUUGCGGUUGCAGAUGAUCGGGAUACUAUUGCAAUCUGGGACUGGCAGAGCCACAAGCGCCUCAACCAAUUCUCAAACGGGAACCCGGCCGGAUCUAAAAUCAACGAAAUUCGAUACAUUAACGAGGACGACCAGGCACUCCUAAUGACUGGCUCUUCUGAUGGUGUAAUUAAGCUCUUCCGCCACUACGAAACCAAUAAUGACAUCGAGGUGGUCACGGCUUUCAGGGCGCUCCCUGAACUGAUCCCAAGCAACCGCAACGCAGGACUUGUGCUUGAUUGGCAGCAAGGUCAAGGCAAAGCUCUUGUUGCAGGAGAUGUAAAGGUCAUUCGUGUCUGGAAUGCUGCGACCGAAGACAUUCCCGCGCGAUCUGGCUCCUGCAUCACUUCGUUGACAUCCGACCAAGUAGCAGGCAACAUUUUCGUUGCAGGUUUUGGUGAUGGUGCAGUUCGAGUCUUCGACCAGCGCUUGAAGCCAACCACAUCUAUGGUCAAGGUUUGGCGUGAGCAUAAGCAAUGGAUCACCAAUGUCCAUAUGCAACGCGGCGGAUUGCGUGAAUUGAUUUCAGGUGGCCGCAAUGGCGAGGUUCGACUGUGGGAUCUCCGCAUGGACAGUCCUAUCUCUACCAUAUAUGCUACCAAAGACACACUGCGAACCUUGAGUGUCCACGAACACGCUCCAGUUUUCAGCAUGGGAACCAAUCGCCACGAAGUCAAGACUUUCAACGUGGAUGGUACAUACCUAUCCACAUUUGAGCCGUACUCGAGCUUCCUUCAUCAUAACCGAUCAUCCCCGAUCGCCGGCACAGCCUUCCAUCCUCACCGGACUGUGCUUGCCUGUGCGGCGUUGAAUGAUCACCAUGUCAAUCUCGUGUCCUGCUAA